GACUUCUGUAAUCCUGGAAUAUUUUUAGUCUCAUUUUCGGUCGAAAAAAAUAAUCCUUUAUUCCUUUAUUUUCCUUUAUUUUUCAAUGAUAAAUGAUUCAUUUACAUUUAUUUUUUUAAAAUAAAUGAUUAUUUAUCUUUAUUUUCUAAAGAUAAAACAUUCAUUUAUCUUUAUUUUUUAAAAAAAAAGCAUUCAUUUAUCUUUAUUUAUUAAAGUAAUACUAAAUGACCACCCCUAAAUGGGAAUCGAGGAUCAUUGUCUCCAUACAACAGUGAGCUUUAUCAUUUUCAAUAUCUGUGAUAAAACGUAUAACUAUCGUUUUUUUACUCAGAUUUCACAAAAUGUUCUUCGAGAGUUGAAUUUAAUAGUCGUAGUCAAAAUUCAUUCAAUGAAACUUCUUUUAGUAAGUGUCAUUUAGGUUUAAUAAACAACAAUAAAGAUAGGAUUUGAAACUGAAUUAUUAAUCAGUCCUUCCAUACUAUUCUUCUCUUCAACUCAAAAAUCGUAAUGUCCUUGAGGGAGGAAGAAUAUGAUUAACACGCCUAUCAUCAAUCUAAAUAAAAUUCAUAUUUUCUAAGAUGCAUCAUCGAGUAUUGUGGUUCCACCAGUAUCAGAAUUUUCUCAAGUUCCACACAUUUCUCCACCGAAGGAAAAAUCUUCUACAAAAUCUUCUACAAAUGAACAAACUCGUCGAAAAAAAGGACCAGUAGCGUUUCUGCCAUCAUCGUCACCAUCUAAGCAUCUUUCUCCAGCUGAUCGUUUGGCAAAUAUUGAAGAUGCUAUUAAUAAUUUAAUAGUGUAUGUAAAUACUCUUGGUGAAGAUGUGGCUUCAAUUGCUGUCCAAUUAAAACCAUUAUUGAAAAAUAUCAAGAUCAUUCAUAACGUACGUCAUAUUAUACCGAAAAACGUAUCAGAAGUUCUAGCCACAUCUUCAUCUUUACGGAACUCGACAAGUCAAUCACCUUCUAGCUCAAGUUCAUCAAAAAAAGUUUUGAUGUUUAAAGAUACAAAUUUAAUGCAAUUAAAGCAUGAUUUAACUUCGAUCCGGUCAUUCCUUCGAAAAAUGACCAUGGCAAUAUAUGCACGUAAUGAAAUAUUAUCGAAUAAGCAUUUAGAUGAACGAGACGAACGCUAUGCAACUAUUAUAGAUGCAUUACAAAAUGGUUUUUCUUUAAACGAUGGAACAAUUAAUGCAUUAUAUGCGUCAUUGAAAGAAGCUCGAAAUCAAUUAACCAAGGAUGUGAGAUACUUGAAAGUCAUGAAACCAAAAUUAGAUGGAAAUAUUGCCAAUGAUGAUGAUGGUGCACCUGUUCAAGAUGUUGAAAUUAUAGAAGAAGAUGGUCAUACACAAUUUCAAAACGAAGAUCAAACUUUUUAA